AUGUCCAAGCCGGAAAGCAACCAGGAGUCGUCGUCGUACACUCCGGAGACCAUGUCUCCCAAGUCGACAACGUCGUCGACCCCCGAAUCCGGCACAUCGGACGAGUUUCUUGAGUUCGAAGGCACUACGACCUUCGCUCCCGCCCCGUCACCCACCUACCGCUACUCGAUGUCUCUCAAAAGCGGCAAACUUCGCAUCUGGCUCGAAAACUGCGAGAGCAAGAAACAGUGCACGACCAAGUUAAGUCUCGAGGACUACGUGAACGCCUCCAACGCCAUCCCCAGCGCUACAGCCUCCGACUACGUGGAGACGACCCGGACCGCGUUCCGACGUCUCAAGGGGGAAGUUUUCCAGUUGGAAGUGACGGUGAACCUCCAAGUGCUGAAGCAGUCGCGUGUUGCGACUUACUCCAUCGAGAUGGAACCCAUUUCUCUGGAACGCAUCGAUGUUUUGGAGUCCAAGAUGCGCGACCUGCAGGAUGAAGUCGAGCAGCUCCGCGAGGAGAGCGAGGAGGUCAUUGCCAACCACAGCAGGGGGCUGCAAGACCUGGAGGUGUCGGCCAAGCUACUGCAGGAGGACGUGGACGCUCGUGAGACGGAGAUCGAAGAGCUCAAGAAGGAGCUCAAGACGCUGACGGCGUCUCAAGACUCGACCUCGACCUUGCAGAUGCAAGCCACGACCAAAGUGGCGGACUGGAUCUGCUGGAACAACUAUGCCGACGGCAUCGUCCGCAUGAACCUGCCAGGUCUGUACCACGUGACGGCGGUGGUUAACUACAAGUCGAAAAGUGCCAACGCGGCCAUCCAGCUCAUGAAGGGCGCUGAGUGCAUCCAGACGGCUUAUUGUGGCUUCACGGAGGGCUACUGCAGCUCCACGACGUUGACGUGCAUCACUCGAGUUGAGAAGAGCCAGCAGUUCGCUGUCAAAUGCCCCGUCAGUCUCAGUGGCAUGAGCUUCCUGACGCUCAUUCGACUCGGAAAGUAG